AUGACGAUGAGUGAUCGUGAAAAGCAUUCGAUUCUCAUGGUCUCCGAUUUUUUCUAUCCCAACUUCGGUGGCGUCGAGAAUCACAUCUAUUACCUCUCUCAAUGCUUGCUCAACUUAGGCCACAAGGUGGUGGUUGUAACUCAUGCUUACGGAAAACGCUCCGGGGUUAGAUAUAUGACAGGUGGUUUGAAAGUGUACUAUGUUCCAUGGAGGCCGUUUUUUAAUCAGAAUACAUUUCCAACUUUGUAUGGGACACUGCCGAUUAUACGAACUAUUCUUAUUCGAGAAAGAAUUAACAUUGUGCAUGGACAUCAAACAUUUUCAACGCUUUCUCAUGAGGCCCUUAUGCAUGCAAGAAUCAUGGGGUACAAGGUUGUGUUUACGGAUCAUUCGUUGAAUGGUUUUAGUGAUUCUGGAAGUAUUCAUAUGAACAAGGUUUUGCAGUUUACUUUGGCAGAUGUGAGUCAAGCUAUAUGUGUUUCUCAUACAAGCAAGGAGAACACGGUUUUGAGAUCUGGUUUGGUGCCGGAGAAGGUUUUUGUAAUACCUAAUGCUGUCGAUACUGCUGUGUUUAAGCCCGCGUUGGAGCGUCCUAGCCGAUUGGAAAUUGUUAUUGUUGUUAUCAGUCGAUUGGUUUACCGUAAAGGAGCGGACUUGCUGGUUGAAGUCAUUCCGGAAGUGUGCCGAUUGAAUUCUAAUGUUCGUUUCAUUAUUGGAGGUGAUGGGCCUAAGCGUGUACGGUUGGAAGAGAUGAGAGAAAAGAAUUCUCUUCAAGAUCGAGUUGAUUUCUUGGGAGCUGUACCACAUUCACAAGUUCGGUCUGUUCUAAUAUCUGGGCAUAUUUUCUUAAACAGUUCCUUAACAGAAGCUUUUUGCAUAGCCAUAUUAGAGGCUGCUAGUUGUGGAUUGUUAACGGUCAGCACGCGCGUCGGAGGUGUUCCUGAGGUUGUACCAGAUGACAUGAUUGUUUUGGCAGAACCUGAUCCAAGUGAUAUGGUGCGCGCAAUCCAAAGGGCGAUAACUAUGCUGCCUAAAAUUGAUCCUCAAGUCAUGCACAAUCGAAUGAGGGAACUCUAUAGCUGGCAUGAUGUUGCCAAAAGGACCGAAAUUGUAUACGACCGUGCUUUGAAGUGCUCCGAUCAAAGCCUACUUGAAAGGCUCUCGCGAUACCUCUCUUGUGGAGCAUGGGCAGGAAAGAUCUUUUGCUUGGUUAUGAUCUUCAAUUUUUUGCUAUGGCAUCUAUUGGAGCUAUGGCAGCCUGCAGAUGAAAUCGAGGAGGCGCCCGAUGUUAUUCUCUCGCGCAACUGCAAUGGAUUAGAGGGAUGUUGGAGAAAACACAACAAUGCAGAACAUCACAAGAAUAGUAAUAAUACUAAUAAUAAUAUUUCAUAG